UAAUUCAAUGGGUGACUUAUCACAAAGAAGAUUAGAUAUAUUUAAUCAAUUAGGAAGUGAAAUAAAUGAGAAUGAAAAUCCGUUAUCUGAAGAAGAACCUCCACCACUUCCACCACGACGCAGAAGGCAUACACUUGAUGUUUCAUCUGCAUCACCUUCAUUUUUUAAAAGUGGAUUUUUAAAAAACAACUUUCCUUUGAAGAAACCUAAAAAGGCUACCACGCAAGAAAAAAUCGUGGAUUAUUCGCUACCUAGUUCUCGUGGAAUAACAAGAAGAAAUUCGUCACCUGCAUUCAUUGGUUCAAAUUCUUCAAGAACUGGAAAUCAACCACCAGUUCAAGAACAAAGUUGGCGUCGCCCUGCCGCACGUCCUUCAUGGCCUCGAAAGAUGUCAAUCACAGUAGGGAAAUUCGCAAAAGGAUUAUUUAAUGGUGAGAAAAAUAAAGGUGCUACUCAGUCAGGAACAUCGACAAAGUGUGGUGGUAUUCAAGGUGAUUUUCGGACAAUGAGAUUCGGUAGGCUUAGUAUGCUAUGUGCAACAUCUUCUGGUUCAGCCAGCACCGAAGAGAUUGACUCCGACCUAUCUUGGGGAGAUGGCACUAGCCCAAAACUUUUUAAUGGAGAUGAAUAUCAUAUUCAUCUCGAUGGAUUUUCUUACGUUGAUGAGUCUGUCGAAGAAGAAUAUUACGACACGUCUCAUCCAGAAGAAUCUGAGAUAACAGAGCAACAAUUUGAACAGUGGUAUGAUGAACAGCAAAGUACACACGAUGACACUAAUUUUGAGAGUUUAACAUCAUCACCAAUUGAUUCGCACCCUCCCACAUUUUCCACCCUUUCCCAAGAUAAGCAAAGCGACGAUGAUGAUAUACAGGAUUAUGAAGAGCCAAGAGACAAUCGUCAAUUAGUCCGUGCUACUCGUAGAAAGGCAAAAGUUUGGAAUUUAGUUCCGGUGAUUGAAGUUGAAGAUGAUGUAGAUCAACCCACUCAAUCAUCAGAGACGGACACUUAUUUUGUGUCACAAAGUUCGUCAAAUGGAUCACAAAAAGAUGAUGAACAACAACCAACUCGCAAACAAAGCUAUCUUGCAAGUGUUUCGGAAGUUGAGGAAGGUGUCGACACAGAUCCAAACUUUUCUCCUCAGCAAUCUUUUGAACAAGAAUAUGAUGAUUUAUAUGAAGAAGAAGAAUCAGGUGACCACCAUAAUAUUCGUACUCUUCGUCGACUUCCAAAAGUACCUGAUUUACGUUCAGUUACCAACCUCAAAGAUUUAGAUGAAAAGUCCGGCAAGCGUGUCUCCUGGGGAACGUUUUCUUCUUAUGGAGUUGAAGGCGGUGGCGCAACAGCAGACUCUGCACCUGAUUCCAUGAUGUCACUUUCUCGAUCAACAUCAAAAACGGCACCAACGUCAAGACGUAGAGGGCCUGCUAAGAAUGGAUCUCAAGAAAGUGGGGCUCGUCAACGGACUAGGCACACCACCUCUAAACCACCUAAAAAUUCUUCAGAAGCAAUGGCUCUUGAAAAAGGCACUAAUAACAAUAGAGGUAGUAAUAUUUCACGUUCUAAAAGACCAAAACAUACACCAAUUCACACAACCACUGAACCGAGUGUUAGUCAAGGACCAAAAGCAAUUGCGAAACAGUUUUGUUUAAUUGAAAGAGAUCUUCUUAUGCAAGUCCAGUGGGAAGAGUUGGUUCAAGUUAGCUGGACUAAUGGCAAUAAAAACAAAAACAAUAAUAAUGACGUUGAGAAAGAUUCCAAUAUUCAAGACAUUCGAAAAGAGGCCAAAAAAGAUGUUAAAGGAAAAAGAAAAGAAGUUGAAUCUGAAAUUGAUGAAGAGAAGAUUAAAGUCAAACCAAUAAAAGAUGGGGGAGUAGACAAGGUCAUUGAAAGAUUUAAUCAAGUGCGUAUUAUUAUCGUUCUUAUAGAGAAAAAUCAACAAACAAUUGAUUGGGUUGCUACCGAAAUUAUGCUCACACACUCUUUAGAAGAUCGAGUGAGAGUGAUUGAAAAGUUUAUACGAAUUGCGCAGAAAUGCCUACAACUUUCAAAUUUUGCGACUUUAAAUCAAAUUCUCCUUGGAUUACAAUCUUCACCGGUAGAACGUCUUCGUCGAACUUGGACUCGUGUUCGCAUGGCAGAGAGACGCAUUCUUAAGGAACUAAAUGAUUACAUAUCACCUUUCGGCAAUUGGAAGGUGGUGAGAGAUGCUAUGCGCCGAGUUGUAGAAGACUCUUCUGUGGUAAAAGAUCCAACUAAACGGCGAAGGCGUGGCUCCGAUGUGAAAAAAGCAAAUACUGGGUGCAUUCCUUUUUUAGUUUUUAACGCAGCCUUACCAUCAUUUAUUGAUCCGGCUUCACAACCUCCAUCAUUGUUCCAUACCUAUACACCGUUUCCUCAACAACCGCUUGUUAAUUUCCAAAAACAUCGUACUACGGCUACAAUCAUCAAACGCGUAAUUACAUUUCAAAGUCUAGCAUGUGGAUACAAAUUUCAGAUCGACGCAGAUCUUUAUGCUAAAUGUGCUGAUCUUAAAGCAGUUGAGGCUACAAGAUUAGUAGUAAUGGAUCUAGACGUAGAGGAUUAUGUAUAA